ACAGCGUUACCACGUGCCGCGCCAGCGCGCUGCCUCUACCGCCGCCUUGUCCCGUGCGUCGCCCCCGGUCGGUCGCCCCUCUGCCACUUUUCCGUGUGGCACCGCGCGUGUUUACCACCUGUCGCUGCACGUGUUACCUCCGCAGCGCGCGUCCGUCCCGACCGGCGGGACCUACGUCUGGAUCGCGUCGAACGGGAGGCAGUGCCGUCUCGCGCGCCUGACGACGCUGCGAGCGGCAACAGGUGUUUCCGUCUCUAAACACCGGUAUCGAGUUACUCCCCCACAACCAACCUGCCCUAUCAUUACGACGAUACCGCACAAAUACACCCUCUCGUGUUUGACUGCAGUUCUGUGAAAGUGUGUGUGCUCCUACAGAGUAUUCCGUAUUCGUGUUUACACUUAAAAUUUACUACUUCGACAACGAAGGUGAAGUGUCUUGCAGUGCUUACCAUAGCAACGAAGGCAAACUUAAACGAAAUAAAAAGUAACUGUUGACAUAAAUACAAUCACUCUAUUGCUGGUUUGGUGGGGAAAUUUCUUUCCGUAUUGUCGCGAAAAAUGUAGCGCUGCUUUGUGCGUCACGGAGCUCCCAGCAGUUACGUCACACAGCUCAUUCAGUCUCACAUUUGUGUUUGCCGAGUGUCAACACUGUUGUUUGCACAGAGCCUUACAAGUGUUACGAUGAGUGUUGCGUUCUUUGAAACGGUUACUCGAAUGGCGGUUCACAACUGAGUGACCGGAAUCGCUAACCUAUUUGAAACAGCUCGUCUCUUGUUUCACAAGGAAAUACUUGCUGACAUAUAGUUGAAAUACUCAAGGUUCCAGGAAGCAACCUAUCUCGAACUGUCUGUCGCCCCUUAACACGUAUACACAGCGAGUCCGUUUUCUACAAAACGUGAUAGAAUUAUCUUGUGUGUAGCCGCAUUGAAGAUAGUUCGCUAUCCUUUUUUAAAUCGUAUGUAACUCGUAAAAAUUCUGUAAGAUUACGCAACCCAUGCAUGCCAUGUCUACUUCUUUAACACAAUGAUGGAAAUGAUGGAAAAAUGACUCUUGAAGUAUGCGGCGCAUUUCCGUUUACAGGGUGUUACAUUAUUACAGACGGGAGAAAAAAUUAUUUUUUUCCACGUUUCUAUGUAUCUAGAUGAUACGUGGUUGGCAACAAACUUGUGUUAACUUUCCACGUGAAUUUCACUAUAUUUCUAAAAUAAUACUGUCUGUUCUUUAAUUAACUGCAAAGGGAUGUACAAAAUCACUCUUUUGUGCUUUUUAAUACUCAGAACUUUUUUUAAGCAAAGUUUCUGAUUGAUACCUCUUCCGACCUGUUUUGUAAACUUCUUCAAAGCAGCGUUCUCGAAAGGCCGAUUGCAGUAAUUGUCCUAGAUGUUUAUACGAGGUCAAGCUGUAUGUUCUUCGUUGUAAGUGCUUUGUGGUACGUAGUAUCAGCUGAAGACCGCUGAUACGUCAUCACUGGAUGUAACAUGAAGAUCAUUGAGUCGUUGGCUUGUGUUGUUAAACGUCUGUCCAUAUCAGACCAUAGACGUCUCCCUGCCAGUUUUAUUGGGUUGUUGACGUUCUGAAGAGAGUGUUAUUCGUAGUGACAAGUGAUUCGUAGGUUUGGUGACCAACAUCUAAAGACCGAGACCACUGAUCCUCGUUAGGUGUGACGUAACUGUUGUUCAGCGUAAGACACGUUAGCGUGAUAUUCGUUGGAAAUUAUCUCCCAAGUGUUUGCUUAGUAGAGAUCGGAGAUAGCUGUGUGCAAAAAGUGACUAAUCUCCGCUAGAACUUCUUGGUGUCGUAGGUUGGUGGCCACUCUUUCGUCGUGCAAGUGACCGUCAGUCGGAAACUAGGAAUCGCAUUUGAGUGUGGCCAGCACCCAGUGAGUGACGGGCGCUUGUAAACCUCACAGGUAACUGACCAGUGUCCUUGUGGCUGGGAACAGGGAUAUCGCGUCCACCAGUGUGUGAUAUUCCUCUGUUAGCCCGAGAAGUGUGCUGGAGUAAUUGAGUGCCAGUGAGCGGUGGUGCCCGGUGGGGGUGUUAUCAGCCGGCGCCCGCGGCAGCCAGGGGGCUUGGCCGAGGACCGCCUCUGGAGAUGGACGCCGCCUGAUGCCCAGUGCUCCGGCUCCGGGAUGCGGCGCGACCGCGGUGUAUGCUGGAGCGCGCCGGCGCUGCUGCUGGUGCUCCUGCUGCUGGAGGCUCCAGCGGCGUCUGGCUGGGCGACGGCGUUGCUGGACGCCGACUGCCCGCCGUCGGGCGUCGCCGCCUUCAGAGGCGAGUGCAGCAUAGCGCCGGGCGGGCAGCAGUACUCCAGCCGCACGUGCAACUGCACCGACUUCCCCUGCCGCCCCGGGGAGCUGUGCAAGGUGCGCGCGGGCGUGAUCCUGCCGGCCAACUCGAGCGAGUUCUACCCGACGCUGGAGCGCGUGAUGCCGCUGCUGGAGAUGGCCGCCGCGCGCGCGCAGGCCGAGCUCAACGUCUCGUUCGACUUCAUCCAGGCGGACUCGGGCUGCCAGGCGCAGUACUCGUCCGCCAUCGCCGUCGAGCAGUACUCCACCGACUGCGUGCACGUCUUCGUGGGCCCCACCUGCGAGUACGACCUGGCGGUGGUGGCGCGGAUGGCCAAGUUCUGGGGCGUGCCGCUGGUCACCGGCGGGGGAAUGACGCUGGACUACACGUACAAGAAGCAGGACUGCGACAACGAGUACUACAUGCUUGUCCGCACCAGCCAGAUGAGCUUCCGGGACCUCUCCUACAUGAUCAUCGCCGCCAUGCAGCAGUACAACUGGAGCAAAGUAAUGCUCAUCUACGACAGGAACGGCUACCGGGCGCUCUCUGGAGAAGACACGUGCAAAAUGUACAUGCAGACGAUGGUCGGCGCCCUCAAGAACGAAAGCCUCGCGUACGGCGUGUACGACAUCGAGAAGUACCCGGAUCGCAACUACGUGGAGUAUCUGCGAACCGAGCUGGGCUUCACCUACACGAGUGAGUACCCACACCAUCCUAUACACCUUCAAUCGCUAGCUGAGCCCAGUCCAGAUCUACGGUGCGGCAAAGAGUGGCUUCCAACAGCUGCUUGCCAGGAAUACUUCUCUUUUGGUAUACUCUGCCGCCGGUCAACAAGGCCGUCUACUCAUUGA